AUGAUAGCUACUAUGCUAUCCCAAUAUGAAUAUGUUCUUAUAUGUGAUAAAUCCAACAUCCGAGUGUCUGGAUCACCACAGUUGUUGCUUGUGCUGAUGCUAGUUGGCAUCAGAAUCUUGCGACUUAAGUUUGAAAUUUCUCAAACGGUUUUGAAUAAGUUUCUAGGAAUUACUUUUUUUAGAGCUAAUGGAUAUUUUGAGAUAUCUUGUAUUUCCAAUAAGAUCCUGAAUUUGAAGUUGAGGGUUCAAGUCAAUCUCAUUUCUAGUAGAACUAACAUCAAUGUCAGUCUGAAUAUUCUGAGAAAAUUCUUGUCUAACAGGUUGCUGGCUGCUGAUAUGAAGAGCAACAAGACUAUCAACAGUGUUCAUGAUAUUAGCUGCAUUAUCUUAAAUAGUGCCGACUGCUCACCACUAUUGGCAGACAAGAGUGCAAUAAUGUUUUCAUACUUGCUUCUUGAGAGCACUACAUUGUCAGACUUAGGAGCAAUAAAAUCUGAUUUUUUUGUUCAUUUACAAUUGGAGACAUGGUUUCUAAUAGCUAUUGCUCAUUCUUACAUUGAGGAUUAA